AUGCAGGAGACGAAAGACAGACCAUAUUUGAUAGUAGGGUUGGGUAACCCCGGGGAUCGAUUCCGGGAUACCCGCCACAACAUAGGUUUCGCGUGUGUGGAUCUCCUCGCAAAACGCUGGGGGAUCGCGGUCAACGACCGGCGACGCACCACCGUGCUGGGCCAGGGUUACCGCAACGGCGCUCCCGUGGUGCUGGCCAAGCCGCGCACUUUCAUGAAUCUGUCGGGCGAGUCGGUGGCGUAUCUGAUGGCAAGGUUCGGCAGCCGGCCGGCGGAGCUCAUAAUUGUUUACGACGAAAUGGCGCUGCCCCUGGGCAGACUCCGCUUGCGGACUCAGGGAUCUGACGCUGGACACAACGGGAUCAAGGACAUCAUACGAACGUUACACACCACGGCAUUCCCGCGGUUGCGUAUCGGCAUCGGGCCGCCAGACGGGGGUUCGGGCAGCGUAAACCACGUAUUGGGUCGAUUCUCACCCGAGGAGCAACCGGACGCAGAGGCUUGCGUCAUCAGGGCAGCGGACGCUCUGGAAUGUUUCCUCACCGAUGGGAUCAGCAUCGCAAUGAACCGUUUCAACACUGACCCACAGCCACCCUCCACAAAUCCAGUUACGCCCGGAUCGCCGGCUGUACCCAAACCUCCUGAGCCGGACGCUUCGGGAGCAUGA